AAACGACUGGACUCUUAUAUUCUCGCAGAGCACGAAGGGGAGGCUUAUUGUAAGACCUGUCAUGGACGUCGUUUUGGUCCUAAAGGGACGUCUUUUCUAAGUACCGAUAAGCCCAUACCUAAAAAUAACGAAAGUGCGGCAGAUUCGGAUAAAUCCUCACAAUCUACGCCAAAAUCACCUACGAGCCCUUUAUCUCCUUCGUACGGGUUCUUUAGCACAAGACCUCAAUCUCCGAGAAAUGUUAAACGCAGCUGGACUCUUCCUGCCAGCAAUGAUAUAUGUCCGCGGUGUACGAAACCCGUUUACGCCGCUGAAGCGGUUUUGGGAGCCGGUGUGAAAUAUCAUAAGUUGUGUCUACGUUGCGUGACUUGCAGUAAACUUUUGGACUCCACUAAUAUGACAGAUCGAGAUGGAAAGAUUUACUGUCGUUCUUGUUACUCUAAAGAGUUCGGUCCAAAGGGUUAUGGAUACGGAGGAGGUUCGGCAUUUUUGACCACGGAAGGAACGGCUAGAUGA